CGGAUAGGCCUAUUAGACGCCAUGCCGAGCGUCCUGAAGAGGAAAAAUUUCUGAUAAGGGCCAGAGUUCGUUUCUACUCUUGGGAGAUGUGGAGUCUGCCAUGGAGAUAUCUCCAGAUGCUCGAUGAUUUCCAUUUGUCACCAGUUACUGUACCCCAAUGGGCGGGGGGGGGCAGAACGUUGGAGAUAGGGGACCUCAAGACAAAUGACGAGGGGUAUAAAUGGAUUAUGAACCCCCCCUGAUUGUCUCGAUGGCUUCAUUCUCUUCCUCCUCUUCCUUUACCUUGAUAGACCUGCAGUAUCCCGGCGAGAAGAAUCCUACCCGGACGUUCAGCUCCAUUUGCUCCUAGUUACCUCUCUCGGCCGAGCAGUUAUUUGGUCCGGUUUCCCCGCUAUUUACCAAGCCCCUAAUACCAACAUCCCGAGGGAAAAAAGAGACAGAAACAAUGCCUGAGAAGUGGGAGGAACUCGUCGCGGACAAGCGCGCUCGUCUUGAGAAGACUAUCCCCGCCGAGUGGAAGAUCCAGACGCUCCCAACGGAGGAUUCCGUGAUCGAUUACCCCACCAAGAGCGGCCUCCUAUCGGCAAAGGAGCUUGAGAUUACCAAUAGCACUGCUACAGACCUGGUGGCCAAGUUAGCGACUGGAGAGCUGAAGUCGUACGAUGUCACCCUUGCCUUCUGCAAAAGAGCUGCUCUUGCGCAUCAAUUGUUGAACUGUGCUCUGGAAUUCUUCCCUGAUGCUGCUCUGGCCCAGGCCAAGGAGCUGGAUGAGUACUUUGAGAAGAACAAGAAACCCAUUGGACCUCUCCAUGGUCUGCCCAUUUCGCUCAAGGAUCAGUUCCGCGUCAAGGGCUUUGAAACUUCCAUGGGAUAUGUCUCGUGGCUAGGCAAGUAUGACACCGAUGAGUCGAUCAUGGUGACCCUCCUGCGCAAGGCCGGUGCAGUCUUCUACGUCAAGACCAGCGUCCCCCAGACCCUGAUGGUCUGUGAGACCGUCAACAACAUCAUCGGACGGACGGUCAACCCGCGCAACAAGAACUGGUCGUGCGGUGGUAGUUCAGGCGGCGAGGGAGCCAACGUUGGUUUCCGCGGAGGAAUCAUUGGUGUGGGCACCGAUAUCGGCGGUUCUAUCCGUGUUCCAUCAGCAUUCAACUUCCUGUAUGGUCUGCGGCCCAGCCAUGGCCGCAUGCCGUACGCCAAGAUGGCCAACAGCAUGGAGGGCCAGGAGACUGUCCACAGUGUCUGUGGUCCUAUCGCACACUCGGUUCCCGACCUGAAGUUGUUUGUCACUUCCGUGUUGAGUGAGGAGCCAUGGAAGUACGACUCCAAGGUCAUUCCGCUGCCCUGGAGGCAGAAUGAAGAGGACAUCAUCAAGUCCAAGCUCAGCUCCGGCGGUCUCACUCUUGGAUUCUUCAACUGUGACGGAAACGUUCUCCCUCACCCGCCCAUCCUCCGUGGUAUCGAGACCGUUGUCUCAACGCUCAAGAAGAACGGCCACAAUGUCGUCCCCUGGACGCCAUACAAGCACGACUUCGCUGUCGACCUAAUCAACGGAAUCUACGCCUCUGACGGCUGCACUGACGUCUACCGCGACAUCAACGCCUCUGGCGAACCCGCCAUCCCCAACAUCAAAGACCUCCUGCAGCCCAAUAUCAAGAAGGCCGACAUGAACGAGCUCUGGGACGUCCAGCUCAAGAAAUGGAACUACCAGGUUGAAUACCUCGCCAAGUGGCGCGAGGCAGAGGAACAGCUCGGCAAGGAACUCGAUGCCAUCAUCGCUCCCAUCACCCCUACUGCUGCGGUCCGCCACAACCAGUUCCGAUACUACGGCUACGCAUCCGCGAUCAAUCUGCUCGAUUUCACGAGUGUGGUUGUUCCCGUCACUUUUGCGGAUAAGACUAUCGAUGUGAAGAAGGAGAACUAUAAGCCCCUGAAUGAGCUCGAUGGCGUCGUGCAGGGCGAGUAUGACCCCGAAGCGUACCAUGGUGCCCCCGUCGCAGUCCAGAUCAUCGGUCGCCGACUCAGUGAGGAGCGCACGAUGGCUAUCGCAGAGGAAAUUGGCAAGUUGCUCGGAAACGCCGUUACUCCUUGAACAGACUAAGUACAGAGCGGGAAAAAAAAAUAAAUAAACAAUAAUAAAAUAUACUAUCUGGGUCUGAAAUGAUUUGCCCUCAUAGCUGUUUUAUUGCUCUGUAGGUCUUUUGGCUUUUUGUAUAUAUGGAUUUGUCUUUUCGUUUUUAUUCAUCAUGACAUGCAAUGAUAUCAAAUGGUAUGAUAUAGUAUGAUUGGGUUAUUCCUGUUAUUAUUCUACCUUGAACAGUGUUUCCAAUUCCAGCGGUCCUUUUCUUCACCUCAUACACUACGCACGUGGUAAGUGGUAUUACAAAUAAUCGAGAAUAUACAUAUAAAAUA